AUGACUACUACAUCAAUCUCUCUAUCUGCACCACCUCUCAUACCCAUUUUCAAGCCAAAGCUUACUAAUUUUUCUCUUCGUGCUCACUAUUUGUCUACAGCAAUCACCUCAAAUCUCUCCUUACCUGUUCCUCUCCCUGAUAGAACAAGGACCAUCCAAUUUCGCAACCAGAUUUGGAGAAUCUCUGCCACCCCAGAAGAAUCCGCACCUUCAGCUACGGACCCAUUCACUAUUGGGGUAAUACAGCAUUUGCAAUUCUUUUAUCUACUUUUUGUGGGUUCUUUCUACGAUCUGCGUGUUAUCUACCAGGCCAUUACAGAUUUCUUACAGAAGAGGGAGAGCGAGAAGUUUGAGAAAGCAAAGUAUAGAAGCAGCUAG